AUGCGCGACAGCGUCUCAGACGGCUGCAUCGACUGCGACAUGACCGACGCCGUAUUCGUGACUGUCACCGGCGGUAUCAUCGUGCCGACUGCGACUUGCGCCGCUCAACGUCGGUCGCCUCUCACCUGCACGAGCGGAGCCGCGGGCAGCGCGGGCGCCCGUGGCUCGAGCGACGUGUUACAAGACCUGCCAGCAGCACCGCACGUGAUUCUGACGACGCGCGGCCCAGGACGUGGGCGCCACUAUGGUUGCGUCAUGUCCUCCUCGGCGCCUCCGUACGCGUUGGCGGCGUGCCUAGCCGGACACACGUCCGAUGUGCGCGCACUGGACGCAUACACACUCUCCGACGGCCGCCUCGUGCUCCUCUCCGGCUCGCGGGACCAGACGGCGCGGCUGUGGACCGCCGAUGCCGACGGCGCGUUCCACGCGCAGGUUCUCGAGCAUGGCAGUGGCUUCGUCAAUGCGGUAGCCUUCUUCCACGAUGGCACCGCACUCUAUGCCCUUACAGCGGGGCAGGACGCCGUCGUGUACGCGUACGAAGUACACACGGGCGCGGAGAUGCUGGUGGCCCCGACGCCGCGCUACUCGUUGGUGGGCCACGCUUCGAAUGUCUGCUCGCUCCGCGCCUUCGGCUCAGCAUACUUCGCGAGCAGCAGCUGGGACGGCACCGUGCGCAUCUGGACACAGUGGGAAUGCACUGCCACGCUUGCGGGGCACACCCAGUCCGUCUGGUCCGUGCUCCCCGUCGAUGCCGACCGAGUCUUGUCGGCGUCUGCCGACAAGUCGGUGCGGCUGUGGUCCAUCGCCUCACCGACCGAGCCUGUGGCGCAAUGGGACGGCGCCACACAGGCAGUGCGCGACCUCGCGCUGCUGCCGGACGGCACCUUUGUCAGCGCCGGCAACGACGGGCAUCUCCGCUCUCACUCGUUCGACGGCGCUCACACCACCGUCGCCACGGUCCCGGCAUUUGUCUACUCGCUCGCCGUCCUGCCCAUGCACAGGCUAGCGAGCAGCGGCGAAGACCGCUGCGUGCACGUCUGGCACGGGCCAUCGCUCGAGCAGGUCCUAGCCGUGCCGGCCCUGUCGGUGUGGUGCGUUCAUGCUCUGCCGAACGGCGACUUGGUGUGUGGCGCAAGCGAUGGGUGCCUGUACCUGUUUACACGCGACGAGCAGCGCCGCGCCUCAGCUGAGCAGAUGGCCACGUACGCUCAGCAUGUUCAGACCCAGUCGCUGAGUGCCGGCGAGGUGCAAGGUGUUCGCUCCACCGACGCGCGCGAUGCACUGCAGACGCCCGGCGCGACGGAGGGCGAGGCUCUGCUGCUGCGCCAGGGCUCACGUACCGAGCGGUACCAAUGGAGCACACACACACGCACCUGGCAACCCACCGGCCUCGUCUCAGAGAGUGCGGCGCCUUCCCAGAAGACGACAUGGCGCGGAAAGGAGUACGACUAUGUCUUUGACGUGGAUAUCGCCGACGGAGCGCCGCCCCUGAAGCUCGGCUACAACGUGUCGGAGAAUCCCUAUGUGGCCGCGAGCCGCUUCCUUGAGGAGAACGAUUUGCCCGCGUCGUUCCUCGACCAGGUCGUGCGCUUCCUCGAGAAGAACACGGAGGGGGUAACUGUGUCGCCUCAUGUGGCUGCCGAUCCAUACACCGGCGAGGCGCGGUAUGUACCGGGCGCCGCCAGUGCGCCCGGUGACCGUGCACCGGCCCCCCUCUCCGUCCUGCCGCAGAAGGUGUACCAGUCAUUCACCCACAUCCAGCUCAGCGCAGCCCACGCCAAGAUCCUCGAAGUGAGCAGCAAGGACAGCGCUGCGCCGCUCAGUGCCGAAGACAAACAGGCGCUGCAGGCGCUGAUCACAAGCCUCGAGACGCGUGCGGAGCCAAUCCCUGUCGACGUGCUGGGACGGCUGCUGCGUACUUGGCCCGUCACGCUGCGGUUUCCACUCUUGGACCUUCUACGUGCCGCUGCUUGCUACACAUGCACCCAACCCUAUGCUAUGCUGGUCAGCGAUGCGCUUAUUGGCGCCGACUGGGACGCGCUGGAUGCGGUCGGUGUGGACAGGAAAGUGGCGGCGACCAACUCGAUGCUGGCUCUGCGCACGCUCGCCAAUGGGUUCUCCGCCCCGGCGGGGCCCACGACGAUGGACGAGCUGGCCUUGGAGGCUUUAGCUACGCUGCAGUCGCCGCCGUGGCCGGUACUGAAUCGACAUGGCCACACGGCCCUGGCGACUGUGGCAUACAACUACUCGAUCCGCGCGCUGGAACAUACGUCGUACGAGCACGUUGGGCUGCUGCUGCAGCUGAUCAUGGAGGUACGUGAGGCGCCCUCACCGCCAGAUAUUGUCGCAGCCGCCGACUGCCAUCGAGAGCGAGUGCGUGUACCGCGCGCUCCUGGCCCUGGGCAACCUCGUACCGCGACCAAGCUCGGGACCGUGCCCUUGCGUGGCGACAAAGCAUCGCAGAGCCACGCAUCGAGACUGUCUGUGCGGACAUCGCCGCGCUACCGUAGAGCGCCCGCAUGGAUCGAUCGACCGUAG